AUGGUAAGGUCCUACAUAAAGUACUUGGGACUCACGCUAGAUGGCCGCUGGAGUUUCCGGGCCCACUUUCGGGGCCUGACUCCACGGCUCAUAACCUUCUACAAAUGCUCUUGGCCGGCUACUCCCGAACUUGCGGGGGCUCGAGGUGAGUUGCCGCCGUCUCUAUCUGGGGGUGAUACAGUCUAUGGCCCUAUAUGGGCCAAUGCCCUGAUCCGGGCAAAUGUCGCACACCUGCGAAGGCUGCACCGAGCCAUAGCGAUCAGGGCAAUUAGAGGAUAUUGCACCAUCUUUGGAGAAGCGGCGUGCUUGUUAGCGAGAUCCCCGCCGUGGGACUUGGAGGCCAAAGCCGGCGCGUCGCUAUAUCUUUGGCGCGCGGAGUUGAGGGCUCGUGGUGAGGAGCCAGAUUCUGGGGCUUUAAGGGCACGGAAGCUUCAGGAACGGCAGAACGUCCAUGCGGAAUGGGAAACGAGGCUAGCUGCACUAACGGCAGGCCACAGAACGAUAGAACGUCCAGUCUUCAGUCCGUUAACACUCCGGCUCACACAGGUACUUACCGGACACAGUUGUUUCGGUAAGUACCUGUGCAAUUGUUACGAGUGCGAGGAUUGCGACGUCGACAAGGCGCAACAUACCUAG